AGCAGACGCGCCGAACUAUUAGACACUUGCUGAAUUUCUAUCACACUUAAAUCAGAUAUUUGAAGUUUUAUUGAUUCUUUUUUUUUUAAAAAAGAAACUGAGAUCUGGAUUUGGACUUUUUGGUUGACCUUUGGGCCGAUCUGGGGUCAUCAUGGAUCCAAUUGUGGAAGUAGUGGCUUUGUUGUUAGGCUUCAUUGGGUGGGUGAUGGUGGGUGUCUGUCUGCCGAACCGUUACUGGAAGACGUCCACUGUCGACGGGAAUGUCAUCACCACGUCCACCAUCUAUGAAAACUUGUGGAUGUCAUGUGCGACUGACUCAACGGGGGUGCAUAACUGCAGGGAGUUCCCCUCAUUGCUUGCGUUGAGUGGUUACAUCCAAGCGUCUCGUGCCUUGAUGAUCACAGCGAUAGUGUGUGGCACCUUUGGACUGGUGGCGGCCCUGAUAGGAAUACAGUGUUCGAAGGCUGGAGGGGAUAACCAUGUUCUUAAAGGGAGGAUUGCAGGGACCGCUGGGGUCCUUUUCCUAAUUCAAGGUAUGUGCACAAUGGUCGCAGUGUCCUGGUAUGCCUUCAACAUCACUCAGGAUUUCUUUGACCUUUAUUAUGCUGGGACAAGGUUCGAAAUAGGAGAGGGGCUUUACAUCGGCUGGUGCUCGGCUGUGCUCGCCAUCGCCGGAGGAGCUUGUCUCACCUGCUCCUGCAAAAUGGGCACAGAGGAAAAAUACAAUGUGCCUUAUCACGCCAGGGGAACUGUAUAUACGGGUGCCGGACCGGCCAGAAGCGUGGGUGCUAGCACUUACGGACGAAAUGCUUACGUCUGAGCAGGAUAUGCAUCAUCUUAGGUUUUGUUGACACAUAGCGUGUCCAGUUUUUACACUGCAGUUGGAGCUUUUUUUAAAUCUUUGACUAUGUGUAGAAGCUAAAGGUCCAUCGAAUGUUCGCUGAUGCAAGCACUGUAUAUAUAAUCACAAUAUCAGGUGUGUAUUCUGUAAAAAUUUAAAUUUAAAUUACAGCAUUGGAAGUUGUAAAAGUUGUAAAAAAAAAGCUACUUAUGUAGCACUGUCGACGCACAAACAUACUGUAUGAUUGCAAUGAUUCUAUUUAUGUUUCUCUGAUGAUGUCAGCACAAAUACACUUACAUACAGUCACUUGUUUCCAAAGGGAUCCAAUCAUUUGAUGAUCGGCAUACACACUUCUAGAAGGGGAAGGUCAAAAAAACAGUGAUAAUCCAGAUAUUUGUGUGUGUUGUUUUGUACAGUUUUAUAGAUAAUACAUCUAUCUUCAGUUAUAUUCAUUUUGAUGUUUUGUUUUGUUUGUUCGUUUUUUUACGAUU